CCUUGAAUGGAGCCUGGCAGCGGCGCCGGCGGCAGCAGCUACAGCGGGGGCCGCAACGUCGCCUACUACUCCAGCUUCGCGCGGGCGGCGUCGGCCGGUGGGCGGGCGGCGGAAGGCAGGGCUGAGGCGAAGUCCGCCACGCCAGGCUGGAGGAGGAGCCCGUCGGACAGCGCCUUGUCGCGGGUGACCAGCCGCCGGGCGUUGAGCGCCUUCGCCCCCAGCAGCACAAAUCUAAGGAUUUUUCUUGAGAGAGAUUUAUCAAAAGAACGUCAUGAAUUGCUAAAGGAUCAAAGAAGGAUUCACAAUCGAGCAAGAAAACAUUCUCUAGAAACAAAUAAACGAAGGAGAGCACUUGAAGAAAAAUGGAAGGAAGAGGAAGAAAAAGAACAAAGAUUUAGAGAACAGAUUUUACUGCAACGGAAACUGAAACUCCAGGAAGCAACUGAGAAGUUCCUGCGGGGUCAUCUUCCAUAUGCACAGCGAAAGAGAGCAGUGGAGAGAAAACCAGAACCUAAAUUGGAUGAGGCUUUUGAGAAAAUUCAAAUAACUGGAUUACAGUUGCCAUUAUACAGAGGCGAUGGCAGAACUACUGACACAGCUUCCUUGGCACUCAAAAAUGGCCCUUUUCAGUGGAAACAAAAUACGGGGAAAACUGGUGGUGAUAAAAUAAUGGAGGAAAAUGAUAGCACCAGUCCAAAUAGAGACCAGCUUAAUUUCCAGAAAAAUCUGGAGGAAAUGCAGCAGCGCCAGCAAGAACAGCAUUUCAGCAAUCUUCAGACUUUUCAUCAAGAAGUGAAGGAAAUAGCCAAUUCAGAAAGCACUAAGAGUCCAGACAGCCUUGAAGCCGGCGAACAAAUCGAAAGCUUUGCAACGCCCAGUGAUGAUUCUUCUGGGUCUGCACAGGUGGACCCUACAUUAUACAAUUCACAGGAAUCACAUGCUAAAAACAGAAGUUUCUCUGAUUAUGAUAACAUGACUUUUUCUAAAAAUCAACAUGUAAAUAAUUGGCUCAUGAAUUUAAAUACCUCAGAUAUCCAAAGAACCACUCCUUUUCGUGACAUUUUAACUAAAUACAAUGUUCUAAUUCCUGAGGAGCAGGUUUGUGAUCCUGGUCAGAAGCCCUCCUUUCCAAGUACAUCUGAACAAAAAGAGUCCAAGAAAUGUACUUCUGAUGAUAAUCUAGCCUUAAUGCAAAAUAAAAGAGGUGAGAAAUGCUCUCCAUUGAAGAAUCCAUCUUCAGGAGCAGUUAGCACAGAGGAUAUGUUAGUUACAGAUAAACCUGCACUCAAAUUUAGCAAAGCCUGGGCUCCCCCUGAUCCAGCUCCAGUUGGUUUAGUAUCAGAGAAGCAUUCUGAAGUUCUCCAGAAUAACAGGGCAGCAUUGGCACAGCCCCUCAAUCCAAUUGCUGCAACACCUAUAGUCUUACCUACUGGACAGUGGAGUCCCACCACCACUAACAAUAAUAGCUUCUCUGCAAAUAACCGGCAGAAGGGAAAAGACGUUCACACAGCAAAGUGUACUGAAGAUAUAGAUUGUGCAACAGGUGCUGAAAUGGAGAAAUACUUAAAUGAUAUUAACAAUGAAGCAUCUUUGUCUGAAGAGACAUGUAAAAACAACCUUGAUCAACAGAAUGACAGUGUACCCUAUGGAGACCUUGCAGCUAAUUUACCUGACCAUGACCAUCAGCAGAAUGAUAACGAUAAGAGAAAAGAAGUGAAAUUGCCAAAAAGCAUUUUGAAGAAAGAAUCUAAAUAUGAGCCUUAUACUAGUUUCAAAGCAGUGGUUGUAAACAGAGGGAUCAGAUUCGGGAAUCGGCCUUUAUCUGCUAUUAGAGACAGUGUUGAACUGGCUAAAACAAAAGGGAAAGAUGCAGAUGUUCCAAAGAACUAUAAAAAGCUUAGAUGGUUUGAUGAAAUUAACAGAGUACAAGAAACAAACAAUGGUGAAAAGUGUUUAGAGCAAAAUAUCAUUGAAAUACCUCAGGCACUAUCCCAGUCUUCUGGUUUUCCCAUUAAAGCCACAACUUCUAGAACAGAUCUUAGAAGCAUUCCAUCUUACAUUAUUAGUACUGCUGUUCUAGAAAAUGGGCAAGAUAAUUCUCAGGCAUCAACCAAGCUUGCUGCUUCCAGAGGCUUAGAGAGAAAUAAUGAGACACUGAAUCCUUUUGAAUCUACAAGGUAUCACAUUGCUAAACAGGCGUGGAUGACAUCAAAAGGUGACGAAAUUAAACCUCCUCUCUGUACUGGUGACCUUAAAAAUCCAAAAGGUAACCCACGCAAAGGUAGAGCAAAAAUGAUUAAAAGACCAAAAUCUGCCAAAGCCCCUUCAACUUUUACCCCCAAAACCCGAAAGGGUGCCAUUAUCCGACCACAGUCUGCCAGCGAAGCCACCAAUAUUCUGAAAACUCAGGGCAAAGGCAUUGCACCUCAUCCACCUUACAAAUCUGUAGCAGACGAAAGGAUGGAUCAAAAUGGAAGCUCACUUUCAAAUGAAGGUCAGGAUUUGAAUAGAGACACUACAGAAGACCCUUCCCUUCAAAACGCUACGAAACCUUCUGAAGCUCCUCCUGGUAUAGUCGCGUGUGAUCCUUUGCUUUGCCAAUCGGCAAAUACUGCUCAAUUGGUUGCACAGGACAAUAAUGUUACAAAAAGAAGCCCCACAUACUCAGAAAAUGGAUUGUGUUUGGAUUACACUACAACUGAUGAAGAAAUCAAGCUUUUGUGGCAAGGAGUGCACAGUGUACUCACCCAGAAGGAUGGGGCUGCUGGGGAUUCCAAGCAUUACUCUGUACAUCGCAAUAAUUCGAGCAAUGGGGACUUGCAGCUCAGUAGAACGAGUGUACCCCACAUCACUAUCGAUGGUGGCAAUCUGAUAAAUGCUUUGAAUCCAGGUCUUAGGGUGAAUGGAUUUUUUUCUUCUCAGCCAAGCACUGCUGUUGCAAGACGAAAACAACAUAACGAUAGUAUUGAAAAUAAGCGCAGGGCUCUUUUAGAACAGAGAAGAAAAAUGGCAGGCUCAGCAGGAUGGAAGUCCCCUUACAUUGGACAGACCUCAACACAAGCCAUGAAGUUAGGACCGUCUCAGUCUGCUUCUGAGCCAGUGCAUGCCAUGGGCGGCGCAGGUCAUGCUGACAAAGUUUCAGACAGCACCACCCAAUUUCUGCUAGCAGAACACUUAGCAAACACUGCAGCUACGGAAAGUGAAAUUCUGACUUAUUUGGACACAGCCCAGCAGUCCAAACCAACUGUGGUGCUAAACAGACCCCCGCAGCCAGGAAUGAGUGCACUCUCUCUUGAAGAGCACAAAGUACUUCAGUCUCUAGACCGCCUCAAUCAAAGGCUGCAAAAUGUCCAAGAAACCAUUAACCAAAAUCCAUCCUGUACAAGCAUUAUACAAACCAUUUGCCCUUUGAUUACACCUUCCUCUCAUGUGGACGUCAUGCCAUCUGUACAAAGGUGUAAGAACAUAUUAGCUGAUGCUCGAACUCUUACACAGAGAAAAUACUGACCUGGCCUAACAGGCUUGUUGAAAAGGGAUUUUUUAAAAUAUAUAUAUAUAUAUAUUCUUGGCUGCUAUGUAUGUAAUAUAAUUAUUUGCAACAUGCCUUAACAUACUAUUCAGAAAAUCCAAAGAAAAUAAAAAUGUAACACAAGUAUUGACUGCUUGUUACCUAGUUUACAUAUAGGACAAAAAUUAUUUUAUAUAUGCACUUUAUUGUACAAUAUGUUGUGUGUGUGUGUGUGUUUUUUAAAAGAAUGGAAAAUACCUCACUUUUGAAUGUGUGGUGAUGUUUGUAAAUUUAUUGUACAUUUUAAUUAAAAGGAAAAGGAAUUAUUUUGCUACUGAUUAAAAUUAUGUAUGAGUUUAUCUCCUAACUUUAUGGCUUUUAUUAAUUGCUAAAUAAAUUUCUAAUACAUUUGUAAAAGGUA